UGUCAUGUUGUGAUUCAGCAAGGAUCCUUCAAGCUGCCUGCUCAUGUCUAACUUUACUGUAGCCGGCAGUUGGAUUCUCUUGCUCUCCCCCCCUCCUCCUCCUCCUCCCUCCUCCCUCCUCUGCUCCAGAGUUUGAGGGGGUUGACCAUUUGCCAGCAGCUGUUGCUCACUUCACAGUUCACAAUGAUCCUGCCCCUACAGCGCUGAGGCUGGCAGAGAGGCUGUUACACUGCUAGAUGAGCCGGCGACCUUAGAGGAGUUUUUCUGCCUAGAGCCGCUCCAAAGAAGAGAGUGAGGGGAACUGAACUGAAGAGGAUUGUCUCCUGACUGAAGUCCAGAUAGUUGUAUGCUUAUUAAAUCCCCGCCAUAACGACCUCCUCGCCUUCUCAGGAAUCGCUUGACCAGACGGAUACAGCCAACCUGAGCAGGACUACGUCCCUGUCCCCUUCCCUCCUCGUCUGCCUUCUCAUGUGACUUCAGAGCGGGCAAAGGGCACGGCGAGCACAAACAGCUUGUCAACAGAGAUCACACACACGCGUUAAGAUGCUGCUGAGGAGGAGGCUGCUGCUCGGCUUGUUGUCCGUCUGCUCCCUGCUGUUUUUCUACAUCCUGUGUGUUAACGUGCAGAGGCCUUGGCCCUCGUCCCUGAAGCCUCUCAAACGCCUCACGGUCUUCACUCUGGGAGAGAGCAGAAACUCACUGGACUCCGAGGAGCGUCUUUACAACGACAGAGAGAGCGACAGGGAAAACGACUGGUUGCCCAAUCCCGCCUCCACCAUGACACCUCGAGCCCAACAGACUCCCAAACCCCAAGACACCGAACACAAACCAGCAGGCGACAACAAUGUCCCGGGUGUGUUGAAGUACGGUUCCAAGUCUGAUGAUGGCGCAGGUGAAACCCCAACCAGGGUCAGCACUAAAGCCAGAACAACAGUGCCUCCCUACAUCGGAGACAGCUACAUGACAGAGGACUUCCCACUACAAACACACUGCCCGGAUGGCAUCAGAAGGCGGGUCGCUCAAACUGAUUUUAGGGAGGAGUUUCUGAAAAACAUUCCGGUCCUGCAGUGGGCCCAACACGUCACUCCUGAGAAUCACCUUCGCCUGAGCAAGUACCCCGGAUCCCACGGGUGGGGCGAAAUGGAUUACCCGACGCUGGUGGAAACUCUUUCCGUCCUCAACUCUUCUGCUAACUGGCAGAUGUUUGACGACUGGAAGGACCGCAGUAAGAAGUCCGAGUGUAUCCGCUGUGCUGUGGUGGGGAACGGGGGGAUCCUGAAUAACUCAAAGAAAGGGGAGGAGAUCGAUAGUCACCACUAUGUCUUCAGGACCAACGGGGCCAUCACUAAAGGCUUUGAGCAGGACGUGGGGUCUCGGACCACCCACUACACGUUCUCCACCAACACCCUGAAGAACUCCUACGGGAACUACAGACGUUUUGGCUACACAGGACCCCCCCUGUCUAAGGAAACGCGAUACGUUUUCCUGCCGGAUCAUGAUCGUGAUUACCUCAUGGUGAAGGCCGUAGCGAAACACACUCUCGUGGAGAGAGGGAAAGAGCAGGGGAAAGAUCCGACCAAGUUCUUUGGAGAGGACGUGUCUAUAGAAAAGUUGAAGAUGUAUCACCCUGACUUCAUCCGCUACAUCAGAAACAGAUUCCUCCCUUCUAAUACUCGGAGAAGAAAUUAUCCGAGACUGUACCGUCCAUCGACAGGAGCUGUGAUGCUGCUGGCUGCACUGCACACCUGUGACAAGGUGAGUGCGUACGGCUUCAUGACCCCAGACUACAUCAAGUACUCGGACCACUACUACGACCCAGUCUACUCCCGGGUGCAUUUCUACGCCAACCACGACAUGCAGCUGGAGAAGGUCGUCUGGCAGCAGCUGCAUCAGGCGGGCCUCAUGCGUCUCUUCAUGCGCGAGUGAUUUGAGUGAGCGCAGGUCGACCAGAGAUGACGUCAUCGUCUCUCUUCUGUCUGCACAGGAGAUUUCCAGCAUUCGACCAUGCUGACAGGAAAUCCCAGAGAGGGCCCGCCCUGCCUGCCCCGCCUCCAUCGCUCUCUGAACUCAGCAAAACACACGUUUCAGUUCCUUUUUCUAUGACAGCUGCUGUGUGUGCUGUGCUCAUUAUCAAAAAAACCCUCGUUGCAAUCAUCUUCGAGACUUUAAAUUUGGUACAAAUAUUCAGGGUCCACAGAGGAGGAGUACGGAGGACUUUGGUGAUCUGCCGAUUCCUCAUCCUUCUGCUUCUUCAGGUUUUAUUUAGUCCUUUGUUUACAGCUUGCAUUGACAUACUACAAACUAAAUUAUGACCUGACCUGUCGUCACAACAAAAGCUGCAGCCGGGUUGACCUCUGACCUCCAAAUCGCCAUAACUGCUGUUUACCGUGAUGCCUUUGCGAGCGAAUCACACAAUCGAUUAAAGGGCGGCUUCUCGGUGUUGCAGCGUGCUAUAAAGGGACGAGACUUCAAUUGCCACUUUCUUCCCGUCUCCUCGCUCUAAAUAGACGGUCAGAGCGCCGCUGGCAGUGGCCCGAGUCUGACGUCUUCUCUCUCUGUGUUUAUAUGUGUGGGUAUGUUUAAUGGUGGGUGUGACUGUAACGCUCAGUCCAGUGUGUUUAAGGUAAGGGAGUUAACUUAUUUGUUCUUUUUUUAAAGUAUUUUUAAAGCACACAAGUGUACUUUAUUGGGGACAGGUGCCACACUGUGAUGAUUACAACUCUGUGGCUUUUGGUGCCUUUUAAAAAAAAGAAAAAAAAAAUGUGAAUCAGCGGUUUGGAUGAAUGAUUGUGUGUCUGAGGUGGACAGAGCCGCUCAGCAGGAACUCCUCCGAGCUGUGAUGGUGAAGAAAUCAGAGUUCAUCAGGAUUAAAUGUCAAACCGGAUGUAUGUGCCGUCUGUAUGAUCACACAGAAGUUUUUUUAUGUACAGCCAACAAACGGAAGGUCGAAACCAAAGACACACUACAAAUCAGGGAUCAUGUGUUUAAAAAAAUGUAUGUUUUUGUUUUAUAAUUGAAGCAGACAGAGUGAUCCAGUCAUCUGUAAUACUGCGUCAUGUAUUUACAAAGUGUACCAGGGGAACUGGAGACCUUUAAAGUGCAAUUUUUUUUUUACAAUCCUGUAUAUAAAGAAUCUGUGAUUUUGA